CGAUCCACCACCAGGCUCCUCCAGUUACAAUGUUGGAGUGCCGUUCGAUUUUCUUCGUCUACUUCUCCCGACUGGGAGAAACGUAUCAUCGAUUGGCCGGACAGCCGACUGACGUGCGUUCUUGAGAGGGUGAAACGAAGAAUUGCUUGAUAAAGGGUAGAACGCGCUCAGAAUGCUGACGACGAACAGCCCCUACAGUUGCCGUGAAUGCCACCCCUUUGUACCUGGCAGUGUGACGAGUAUUGCGACCAACGGUAAUCCGAAUACGACACGUCCAAAAUUCUCUCCAAGAAUCAUCACUAAAUUGAAAACAUCACCUGGUAUAAAUAGUUACACGGAUCCUGCUUGCGUCGGGCGUAUGAAGCGCUUGAAGAACAGGAAAACAAAUGCAUCUUCAAAGUUGGAUCUAAGCAAAAGGAAACCGGCGGAUUAUAUGGAGCUGGCAUAUAGGGACGCUAUUUCGAAACUAAAAUAUUUGUUAGCUGAAUCAUACGCUCCAACGGGAAUGUCCGCAAUAAAGCAACGAAGUGUUCGGAACAUAUACAAAAGCAGUAAUCCCCGAAUUAGUGAAUCUGGAGAGGAUACAGACGAUCAAAGUAUGAUUAGCGAUAAUUUUCAAAGGAAGGAUCUCUCUAAAAAUACAAUUUUAAAUACUUUUCCUCUCUCGAAAACUCUUCAAUCGUCAAAGGCAUACAGUAAUAUAGCAUUGUCGAGAGCCGAUCUUCAGUCUAUUCCUCCGGAAUUAACGUCCUUCAUCGAAAGGCAGGAGGAUUAUAUCGAACAAUUGGAACGAGAGUCUCAAUAUUGUAGAGAUGAAUUGAUCAAUCUGUUGAGUAAAGUUCGUGAGGUCAUAGCUGAAAAUGAAGCAUUGCAUAGCAGGAAUCAAGUUGCAUUGUCCAAGUGCGUUCUACAGGAUCAUAAAGAUCACUGUGGAGCGAAUCACGAAUGUCACAAGCAAGAAACGAGCGGCCAUGUUGAUAACACAUUAGAAUGUAAACGCGAGAAACCCUUAGAAGGACCCAGUAUAAUAUUUGAGUCGAGAAUUAGUGAACUGGAGGCGCAAUUAACCCAAGCCAAACUGGAGUUACGAAAGGCGCAGGAGGAGAAUCAGGCAAAUUUGAAACGUUUGUUCGAGAGUGGUUCAAGUGAGAGCAAUGCUGAAUUAAAGGCCGAAUUGGACAAGGCUUUACGCGCCAAGUACGAGGUUGAAAUGAAAUUAGAGGAAUUGCAGAAGCUGCUGUCGGUCGCGCGAGAUAAAGAGACCGAAGCGACACAGAAAGCGAAACGGUCUAUGGACGAUAGGCAUGAAAUCGAGUUUGAGAGGAAUCAGAGCGAGAUGGAGAUUCGAAGAUUAAAAGAUGAAUUGGAGAGACAGCAUGAAAAGCUACGGGAGGCAGCCCAAGACGCGAAUAGACGCAUAACUGAGGAGAGGCAACAAGUGGAACGUCGAUACAAUCAGCAAAUCGAACAACUUACCGCCGAUAUUGCAACCUAUUGGGAGACCACCAACAAAUCACAAUUAGAGUCUGAGAAACAGCGACGAGAGAUAAACGAAUUAAGAAGAGAAUUAUCUCAGAAACAAAAUGCUAUGGAUAAUCUGAAGAAAGAGUUGCAAAAUAAAAUAUCAACUUUGCAGAGUGAUUUGAACCAAGCGUUAAGCGAAAAAGAUGCGGCGGAACAAGAAAUCUUGACUGGUAAACUAGCGGCUGAACGAAACGAUAGGCAGGCUCGUCAAGAGCAGAGCAGAUUACAGGCAGAAAUAAAUUCGUACAAGCAGCGUCUGGAAAGAGCGGAUGCUGAUUUGGUGCAUUGUAGACGAGAGAAUCUACGACUGUCGGAACAAAUUGCAUCUUUGGAAAAGGAGAUCAGUAUGAGUAAAAUUGUACGAUCUGAAGAAAAUCGUAGCGAAAUUACGCCUAGAUUGGAAAACGAGAAGGAAUUAACGUCUAUGAUAAUGGACAUGGAGACUAAACAUGAGGGGGUCGUUGAAAGAGAUGUGACAACGGUUGGGCAAACUGCUUCGCCUUCGAGCAAGAAACGUACCGUUAAGGUUGAUCUAAAAGUAAAAGUAAUUCCAAAAAAGAAGUCUGACACCUCCAAAACAUCUCUAUCAGCACAGGAAGAAAUGGCCGACUUACAAAGCAACAUAGAAAACUUGUCAAGUAAAAUACAAGGCAGCCUUGUAAGUCACGCAGAAGGAAUUACUAUGGAAACUAACGAUGGUACUGGAGCUUUUCAUUAUAACGCUACGAUGGAUUCAAUAGUCUCGCCACAUACAAAUGGAUCGAGUGCUCAAACGUCGCAAAUGGUACAUCAAGGAUACGAUACCGCGAGCGAUCAAAAAAUAGUGGACGAGGAGUCAGAAAUAUAUUCUGACGCGUCCAAGAGAAACGAUCAGAUGCAAGGCAACUUGAUGCAAAAUAACUUUGCAUCGAAUAUGGAAACCGCAGAGAUGUAUCAGCAGCAAGUAGACUUACAAAAUAACGAAGAAUAUCCAGUGAAUGAUUCAAAUAUGGAAACUUACAUGAUGGAGCACGAUCAAAAUCAAUACGAAUACGAUCCUUCACAAUAUUCAGAAGAACAAUAUGACAACCAGUUUAACAUGAUGGCGCACCAGACGGAAAACAAUCAAUCUUCGACGUAAUCAAAAUCACUGAAACUCUGCACUAAUGUAUUCUGUAUUAAUGGCA